GUGAGUUGCUAGGAUGCUUUGGGGUUGAAAUUAAUCCGCAUAAUAGUGUUCUGAUACAUCCCAUGCAGCAAAUUGAAAGCAGAUAUCAAGUCGGCGAUUGUAUCGAUGGCUCUGUUAAAACCUGAUGACAACGCCGAGAAGACAUUCCAGAUGACAGAAGUCCCAGCAACAGCACCUUUAUUACCGUCCUUAUCUCCAAGGUAUAAUUCCGUGCCACGGAGAUACGAGGAGACCAAACCCUUCGUCGUGCAGGAUUUCACACACAGGAAGAUUUUGGAUAUUGGUAAUCUACUUCACAAAAAGACUCUGAAUAUAGCAGAACAAGAUAAACUAAUAGCAGUGCGAGAAGCAGAACAAGCUGUAUGGAAUCAAGCAGAACUUAGAAAAGAAGAUGCAUUACGACAAGCCAAAAUUCAAGCAGAUGCAGACCUUGCAAAGGCCAUAAAAAGGAUAAAGAAGCAGCAUGAAAAGGCUCUCAAGGAAGAAGCUUUAAAAGUUGAGGGACUUAUGCAAAAGAAAGCUUUGCAAGAAAAGCAGGAAGAAAGGAAGCAGGCAGACCAAAGGCUGCAGGAAGCUGUCAGAGCCACAGAAGAGAGAUGUCACCAAGAACUUCUGGAUGCAGUAGCAGCUGCCAGGCUAGAAGAGCAACAAUCAGCUGCACACGAAGCAGCAAAAGUAGCAAAGCACAAUGCAGAAAAACUUGCUCAAGCAAUGAAAGAAGCCUCCGAUCAGAAAAAAAGAGCACUUGAAAAUUUGAAGCAAAAAAUGUUGAAAGAAAAAGAGGAUGCUGUAGCAGAGGCACGUCUUCAGGAACAAAAAAUUGCUGCCACAAAACUGGCAGAAACUAAGCAGGAUUAUGACAAUCAGAUUAGGCUAUUAAAUUUGGAGAUUGAACAAAGAAAUGGUGAAAUCAAAAGGCUCAAUGGUGAACUCAAAGAUAUGGAAAAACAGAAAAUGUUGACUGAAAAGCAACUGUUUGGUCUUCGUGAAGAAUUUCAGAAUUUUAUCAACAGUGCUUAUGGUUAUGAAGAAGGAGAAGCAGACUAUUUAAUGCCAGAUGUUAAAGCAGUGAUGGAUAAAUUUAAUUUGUCUGAAGAAAAGUAACAAUAUGUGAAGACCCAUCAGUUCUUACUUGGUGGGCAUUAUAAUGGUCUAUAUGAACAGUGUGGGUUUAAGAGAACCACUGCUAAAUAAUAAUAAUACGAUUCUGUGGUACCAUAUUUAUAUUUAUAGUCAAGUUAUACACUGGAUCACAUUUGUGCAACAAUUAAUGAUUAUCUUGCAUUAUAUCAUGUUCUAUUCUGUAAUCAUAAAAGAUAAAAAUG